UUGCUGUCAACAAUGGCCCCAGGGGCCUUCCUGGCAGGAGCCUGCAGGGACACAGAGGCAGACAUGCAGACCCUGAGGCGGGAGGCUACCCGGCCCUGUGUCCCCCUGGGCACCCUUGAAACCGACUUCCCAGCUUCCCUGGACAGCGAUGACUAUGAGGCCCUGGAGGGGCCCCACUGGACACCGGCUAUCAAGCAGGCCACGCGCUGGAAGUACUCGCCCAUGGGACACGACGCCGCGGGCCAGGCGUGGUACACGGGCCUGACCAACUCGGAGCCCCGGGAGGCCUGGUACACCCUGCCCCGGGACCCCGAAAGCCCGCACCGCGAGGCCUACUCCCGGUGGCACCGAUGCCACAACCACCGGGAGCGGGGCCUGCCCCCAGCCUACACCCAGCGCCUGCGAGAGACGGCCUGGCACGACCCCACCAUCCCCGCGCAGUACCGCGGCUCCAGCACGCGCUGGGGCAACGCGCUGUGGAGGGACCGGCCCCUCCGGGUCAAGGACUACGUGGUCAACAGGAGCCGAUAUAAGGCGGAGCCGCACUCCCACGUGGCCGACUACGUGCCCUACCUGUCGGUGCCCCAGCGCCCGCGCUACACCACCCAGAACUACCGCCUCUGGGACCUGGAUCCCUACUGCCCCGCCACCGACCAGCCGUCCACCUACACACCCACCUUCUGAUAAAGUUCGUUCUGCCCAUGC